AUGUCUUGUUACAAUAUUACGCGCUCGGCGGAACAACUACUAGACUUGCAUGAAGACGCUGCACCAUCUUUCUCAGUCCAUCUCUAUCCCGACCACUGGACACUCAACAACGGAUCCAAAUUCCUGUAUAAUAAUCCUAUCGCAUCAAUACUGGAUGACGUCAGAGCGCACCGUAUACCGGUUGACUACCUGGAACUUUUCGACUCUGCACGCGUGCCAUUCUAUGAUGGCUGCAUGCUUGUAGAGCUACUAGACUACCGCCCAAAGAAAGCAAAGGACCCACCUCUCGAGAAACCUGAACGGAGCCGUGUUGCUCUGCACCCGAAUGAUGAGACUCUCUGGGCGAAUCUAUGUCUCAUGAAUCAACGUUCAGGCAACAAGUUCACCGACACGGAAGUACUUGAACUUGAAGCACAGAUACUACUACAAACAGCACCUCCCCUAUGUCUUGACCCAGACCCACAUUUAACCCGUAUCGCGAAUCAUACCCUCAGAGUUUCUACUCCAAGUAUACCCAUCUCCUUGAAACGCAAAGCAGCUACUAUUACGCCCGAGGAAGAUGAGUCCGACAAGACUCGUCGGGCCAAGAUCAUGCAGUUCAUGAACCAGAGACAAAAUCGUUCUCACGCCCCAAGGUAUUUCGUAUUGUUCCAAAGUAUCCUCUUCUUACUCACCUUCACUUAG